AUGCUGUCCGGUAGAGGUAGAGGGGGUAAGAUACGCGCGCCGAAGAGAGCACUCGGCAAAGAAGAGACCGAUUUCGAGUCGUCCUGGAAUACACUGUCUACUGCUUUCACCGAAAUCCACCAGAAGAAUGCGUCUCGUCUAUCUUUCGAAGAGCUAUUCCGAAGUGCUUACAAGCUCGUACUGAGGAAGAAACAUGAGGAGCUCUACAGUAAAGUCACCGAGUUCGAGCGAGCGUGGCUCCAGGGCACUGUCAAAGAGAGAAUCGUCAAUCUUGUUACGCCUACCGUUCUAGUUGGUGCUACAGGUCAGUCGAGCGAUGCACAAUCAAACGAGCGCAGACUUGCAGGCGAGCGUUUCAUGAGUGCCUUGAAGGAUGCCUACCAGGACCAGUCCAUGUGCAUGAAUAUGAUCACCGAUGUUCUCAUGUAUAUGGACCGCGUUUCAAGCCAAGACGGCCGCGUGCCCUCCAUCUACACUCAAGCCAUGGCCCUCUUCCGUCGGGAGGUGCUCAGAACACCAUUCAGCGACGACACGGACUCAGACCUGUUGACCCUACUCGAACACGUCCUCCUCGAUAUGAUCUCUAUGGAGCGAAAAGGCGAAGUGAUUGAUCGAUCACUUGUACGAGCUUGUUGCUACAUGCUAGAGGGCUUGUACGAGAACGUGCAGGAAGAUGAGGCCACCAAACUCUAUCUGACCUCAUUCGAACCCAAGUUUCUUGAAGCCAGUCGAGAGUUCUACUUCAAGGAGGGCCAACAAUACCUCGCCGAUGCAGAUGCCGGUUCGUUUUGCGCUCAGGCUCGCAAACGCUUGAAAGAGGAAGAGGAGAGAUGCCAGCAGACUAUUUCAAACAUCACCGAGCCCAAGAUCAAGAGCGUGGUCGACAAAGAAUUCAUCUCAGCGCACAUCAAAGAUGUCAUCAACAUGGAAGGUACCGGUGUAAGAAAUAUGCUGGAUAACGACAAGAUGCAAGACCUCGCCAAUGUAUUUGAUCUCAUUUCUCGAGUUGAUCCUAAGAAGACAGCUCUUAAAGAGGCCGUUCAUAAGCGCGUCAUCGAUCUCGGCAACGAGAUUAACAAAAUGGCACAAGUGACCCUGACAACCAAAGCCCAACCCAAGGCUGUGGCUGACAGAUCAGCGGGUGACAAACCCGAGAAAGGCGUCAAUCAGCAGACCCAGGCGGCUCUUGAUUGGGUCGAGCAGAUACUGCAACUCAAGACCAAAUACGACAAUCUGUUGGAGAGAGCCUUCAAGAACGAUGCCACCAUGGAGAAAGCACUUGAACAGGCAUUCCAAGAUUUUAUAGCCGCUAACGAUAGAAGUCCGGAGCAUGUAUCCCUGUUCCUCGAUGAAUAUCUCAAGCGUGGUAUCAAAGACAAGAGUGAAGCUGAGGUCGAUGCCGUCCUUGACAAGGGUAUUCUGCUGUUGCAGUACCUUGCCAGCAUCGAUCAGUUCGAGACCUAUUACCGCAAGCACUUGGCCAAGCGAUUACUGAUGAAGAGAUCUGUCAGCCGAGACAUGGAGCGGCAGAUGCUGUCGAAAAUGAAGCUCAAACUUGGCAGCAACAUCACUCAAAAGCUGGAAGGCAUGAUCCGUGACAUGGAAUUGUCCGACAGCCUGGGCUCAGAUUACAAGCAAUACGUGUCUGAGCUCGGCGCCACCGACUCCAAGCGGGUUGACAUGGAUGCUCGUAUCUUGACCAGCAACCAGUGGCCUUUCGAGACCUUGUUCAAAUCCACAGAUGGACAAGACAAGACUCAACACUGCAAAUUUCCUGCGUCUGUUGAAAAGACUAAGCAGGUAUAUACGCAAUUCUAUCUUAGCAAGCAUACCGGACGCAAGUUGACCUGGGCUCCGCAUUUGGGAGAUGCCGACGUGCGCGCAACCUUCAAGGGACCGGAUGGACGCAUCAAUAGAUACGAGUUGAAUGUGCCAACUUACGCCAUGGUGAUUCUCAUGCUCUACAAUGAAGUUCCCGAUGGCCAAGGUCUCUCUCUUGAAGAAAUCGAAGCCGAGACCAAUAUUCCACACAACGACGUGGUCAAGACUCUCACAUCGCUUUGUCAAGUUCCGAAGUGGCGCGUUCUGAAGAAAGAGCCUGCUGGUAAGGAGCUUUUGAACACUGACAAGUUCUACUACAACUCUGGCUUCACCAGCAAGUUCGUCAAGAUCAAAAUCGCUGCUGUGAUGGUUGGCUCUAGUAAGCUUGAGAACCAGGAAGAGCGCAAAGAAACGCAGAAGCGCAUCGACGAUGAGCGUGGUCAUGCUAUCGAAGCAGCCAUCGUCCGAAUAAUGAAAGCCCGGAAAGAAUUGAGCCAUCAAGCUCUGAUGACUGAGACCAUUCAGCAGCUUUCACAACGCUUUCAGCCCGACGUCGGUAUGGUCAAGCGGAAAAUCGAGGCGUUGAUUGAUCGAGAAUAUCUGGAUCGCGGCCCGGACGAGUCUAGACCGCCCUACUACAACUACCUUGCUUGA